AGCACAAUGCACGGAGCAAGCCCCUCUGUCUGUAGGAACCUGACAGAAACGUGCACCGGGAGAUGAUACGGCAGAAUUGCGUGCAAAUGUUACAACGAGGCAGUAAGCCAGGCAGGAAAUUUGUGUAAAGCUGAAACAUAAGGCUUUGCUACCCAGCAGCUUGCCAGCCUGUGUGUGUGUGUGCGCGCGCGCGUGUGUGUGUGCGCUCGAAGUGCAUAUGGCGGAGUUUGGGAAUGACGGCAGCCUGCCUCCGUUGAAUCUUGGGGAUACGGCCGUGCCCAGCGACGAAGCAGCUGAUAAGACGCAUUGCGAAGUGUCGUUCUUGAAUGGAGACUGUGGGAUAUCACAAAAUAUGGUCGGUUCGGGAUCACACGUCGCACCUGGCAGCCAAGCCGGGGUGGAAGCCGCCAACACCUCUGUCGGAUUGGAUGCCAAAUCUGAAAUACCACGCAGGAGCAGCAUUAUCAAGGAUGGCUCAAGACAACGUAAAGAAAGAAAGAAGACUGUCUCAUUCAGCAGCAUGCCCACUGAGAAGAAAAUCAGCAGUGCAAGUGAUUGCAUCAGCGCAAUGGUGGAUGGCUCUGAGCUGAAGAAAGUGAGAUCCAAUUCACGCAUUUACCACCGCUACUUUCUCCUUGAUGCCGACAUGCAGUCUUUGAGAUGGGAGCCUUCAAAGAAGGAAUCAGAAAAGGCCAAAAUUGAUGUCAAAUCCAUCAAGGAGGUUCGGACAGGAAAAAAUACAGACACUUUUAGAACUAAUGGAACCUAUGAUCAGUUAUCAGAGGACUGUGCUUUCUCAAUCAUCUUUGGGGAGAACUAUGAGUCCCUGGACUUGGUGGCAAACACUGCAGAUGUAGCCAACAUAUGGGUGACAGGGCUGAGGUACCUGAUCUCCUAUGGGAAACAUACCUUGAAUAUGAUAGAGAGCAGUCAGAACAACAUGCGUGCAUCUUGGCUAGGUGAACUUUUUGAUGAGGCAGACGGUAACAACAGCAAACAAAUAACAAUAUGUGCUGCUGUGCAGCUAGUCAAAAAGUUGAACCCCGGACUUAAAAAUGUGAAAAUAGAACUCAAAUUCAAGGAGCUUCACAAAGCUAAGGACAAAGCAGGUUCUGAUGUGACAAAAGAAGAGUUCAUUGAGGUUUUUCACGACCUUUGCACCAGACCAGAAAUUUAUUUUCUCUUUGUUCAGUUCUCCAGUAACAAAGAAUUUCUGGAUACCAAGGACUUGAUGAUAUUUCUGGAGGCAGAGCAGGGUAUGGCACAAGUCAGUGAAGACACCAGCUUAGAGGUCAUUCAGAAAUAUGAACCGUCCAAAGAGGGCCAGCUGAAGAGUUGGCUUUCUCUUGAUGGGUUUACCAACUAUCUUAUGUCUCCAGAGUGCCAUAUAUUUGACCCUGAACAAAAAACAGUAUGCCAAGACAUGAAUCAGCCCUUGUCCCACUAUUACAUCAAUGCAUCCCACAACACAUAUCUGAUAGAAGAUCAGUUCAGAGGUCCCUCUGAUGUGACUGGGUAUAUCCGUGCCCUCAAGAUGGGCUGUCGCAGUGUAGAGCUGGAUGUGUGGGAUGGACCUGAUAACGAACCUGUUAUUUACACUGGCCACACGAUGACGUCACAGAUUGUUUUUCGCAGCGUCAUUGAUGUCAUCAACAAGUAUGCCUUUGUUGCAUCCGAUUUUCCACUGAUGCUGUGUUUAGAAAACCAUUGUUCAUUAAAGCAACAAAGAGUCAUGUUUCAACACCUAAAGAAGAUCCUUGGAGAUAAGAUUCACCUAGAUCAUCCAAAACCUGAGGACUGCUAUCUCCCCUCCCCCUCUGAACUGAAGGGAAAGAUCCUGCUGAAGGGUAAGAAACUGAGCACGAACUGCACUGCUUCAGAAGGUGAGGUGACAGAUGAGGACGAGGGGGCAGAGAUGUCUCAAAGGAUUGAGUCUGCGGAACAACAGACUACUGCACCCAAGAAAUUCCAGCUGUCGAAGGACCUCUCAGAUCUGGUGACCAUGUGUAAGUCUGUUGAGUUCAAAGACUUCCCAACAUCUUUCCAUAGCCAGAAGCACUGGGAGCUCUGCUCUUUCAAUGAGGUCUUUGCAAGUCGCUGUGCCAGUGACUUCCCAGGUGACUUUGUUAACUAUAACAAGAAGUUCCUAGCGCGAGUUUACCCUAGCCCCAUGCGGAUUGACUCGAGCAACAUGAAUCCACAAGAUUUCUGGAAGUGUGGUUGCCAGAUUGUGGCAAUGAACUACCAGACACCUGGCCUGAUGAUGGAUUUAAACAUCGGUUGGUUCCGUCAGAAUGGGAACUGCGGCUAUGUGCUGCGUCCAGCGAUCAUGAGGGAGCAGGUUUCAUAUUUUAGUGCAAACACUAAAGAUUCAGUGCCUGGUGUGUCUCCACAGCUCUUACACAUCAAGAUCAUUAGUGGACAAAACUUCCCAAAACCCAAAGGCUCAGGGGCCAAAGGAGACGUAGUAGACCCCUAUGUGUAUGUGGAAAUACACGGCAUUCCUGCUGACUGCGCUGAACAAAGGACUAAAACAGUCAGCCAGAAUGGGGACAACCCUCUCUUUGAUGAGAGCUUUGAGUUUCAGAUAAAUCUCCCCGAGCUUGCAAUGGUGCGUUUUGUGGUGCUAGAUGACGACUAUAUUGGUGAUGAAUUUAUCGGCCAAUAUACAAUCCCCUUUGAGUGUCUCCAGCCAGGAUUUCGCCAUGUACCACUGCAGUCUCUGACAGGAGAGGUUCUUCCACAUACCUUAUUGUUCGUUCAUGUGGCUAUAACCAAUCGAAGAGGGGGCGGCAAACCACACAAAAGGGGACUGUCUGUGCGAAAGGGCAAGAGGAGUAGAGAGUAUGCCAGCAUGAGAGUGCUAUUGAUCAAGGCUUUGGAUGAUGUGUUCAAAACAGCCAUACUGCCACUGAGGGAGGCAACAGACCUCAGAGAAAACAUGCAGAAUGCCAUUGUUUCCUUCAAAGAGCUGUGCGGCCUUUCAGCAGUGGCUAACCUGAAGCAGUGCAUCUUGGCCCUUUCCCCUCGACUGACUGGACCUGACAACAGCCCCCUUCUGAUGUUCAACCUCAAUGACCAGUACCCUAAUUUGGAGCCCCAAGGCCUGCUAUCAGAGGUCAUCAAGAAAGUCGUCACCACCUAUGAUAUGGUGAUCCAGACCAGCAAGACUCUGCUGGAGAACUUUGAGGGGAUGUAUGAGAAAAUUCUACAAACCCAAAAAGCAGCGAUGGAAUUUCAUGUGAAUCUCCAUGACUUGGCCGUGAAGGAAGGGUUGAAGGGCAGGAAGCUGCACAAGGCGGUGGAGAGCUUCACAUGGAACAUCACAAUACUGAAGGGUCAGGCAGACCUACUGAAGCACGCCAGGAGUGAAGUCCAGGAAAACCUCAAGCAGAUCCACUAUGCUGCGCUCACCUGUAACCUGAGUAAAGGCGGACCAGUGGGUAGCUCCUCCGGCUCAGAGACGAGGAACAGACGCAGCCUCGAGGCCAUUCCUGAGAAGGCCAUUCCUGAGAAGGCCACUGGGGAGGAGGGGCUCACUGAUGAAGACAAUUAAAGACCCCCCAAUCCUGCCCUGGUGCUCUCCUGGCACCCCACAUUCAGACCUCUACUCUGUUCCUGCCUCUUGAGCUCAAAACCCAAAGCUCUCUCUCUUUCCAUCCUUAAGCACUCUAUACCCUGGCAUCAUCGCUCUACAUACACACCAGUGUUUUUCCACAUUCCAUCAUGUACAUUCCUGUAUCCCAAGCACAUCUGUAAUUUCUAACUUCUGCCUCGUAAUUGUCAAUACAUUGCCAAAACUACUCCAAGACACAAAUCCUACCCAAGUUAAGAUCACACAAAGUUUAGAGAAGUGUGGAAAAUUACUGUCAUUUAUUCUAAGUCUUAAAAUGUUUAGGAGCUGCACUGAAAGCUGGAAAAGCAUGACACAUUUUAAACAUUUGCUACACAUCUGAAGCUGCCUAGCUGUUUUGUGCACACAUUAUAUAAAUACCAAAUCUUAACAUCCAGCAAAAAUAUAACUUUGGGGGAUUAUCAGUGCCAGACAUAAAUCCUAAUUUUCCCUAGCAUAAAAGUCAAACCUCUUAAUCUACAGUCCUAAUGCAUUACUUUGUCGCCUUGACUCUUAUUUCCUUGAAGAGCCGAGUGAACUACCAGCCAAGUGACCAUUUAAGACAUUGACCUACUGUUCAGAAACAUUGUACUUCUACUCAGCAGACCAGGAUGUUGCCUGAAAAGAAAGAGUCCUUGGAUUGUUGUGACAGAUUUCUUAAAAGCACAAUUUUUUUGGAGUUUUGGAUGUAACGGGACAGAAGGAGCGAAAAAGGGGAAGGAACAAAAGUGUCAUGAGAGUAAAGAGCUGUUUACAAUACUGAAAUUGUUCAUCAUCUUGUCUGCCAAAAUAGUAUAAUAUACUAUGUGUAUAUAUGGAGUUUCCUGUUACCUUUUUUUCUGCAGAGUGCAUCAUUUUAUUAUUGUAUACUUGGAGAUUUAAGAUUUAUUUUAUAAAAGAUAUAUGAACAUGUCUGUGGGAAAACAAAACAUUUUAUUUGUAUGUAGAUAUCUGAUAACGAGGGAUGUCACUAGAAAAAGUGACCUCAAGAGUUUUCCCGGCGGAGAGCUCCUACAUGUCGAGACAGAAGGACUAAUAGAAUGUAUUCAUACUGUUUGUGGUGCAAACAACAGCAAAGGCUCAAAAAUCACAACCAGCAACUGAAUGAGAAAGGAAAGGAACCAUGACUGGGUGUUGAUAACAUGCACUCAAAACAGUUUUCACACAUUUUCAUAUUUCAGCAUUUCAUUUGGCCUUUAUUUUGAGGGCACUGAAAAUAAGUCACUUGGAGUUUUGAGCCAAUUCAAAUGUAUGCUCUGAAUUUUCUACCAAUGUAAAAACUAAUUUCGCAGUUACUUUUAGAAGUCUACAACCCAUAAAGUGUGCCACAUUUGUCUUUUCCAGGUGUGCUACCAACCAAUUCCACAGUUGUUUAAAACACCCCAAUGAGAAAUCAGCCCUGAACAGUUUAAAAACAAAUUCCCUUGUUUACUUGUAAUCAUUUGGUACAGUUAUCUUACUGUGCAGAAUGAUUGAAUACCUCUCACAGGAAACUAGCGUGAUGUGUCUGGACUGCACACUGAAUGGGAGGUCAUGUAGAAAACAAAGACAGUGGUGUUAUUUUAAUCAUGCAGUUUAAGCUAUUACUUGUUUGGAAGAUGUUUCUCUGUUCAGUACUAAAGAGCUUCGCCAUGUUUUAUCUUGCAGUGCACUGUUAAAUGGAAAUUGCAGAUCACCCACUUACAGUGGUGUGUAAAAGUAUUUGCCCCCUUCCUGAUUUCUUUUUUUUUUUUUGCAUGUUUGUCACAAUGACAUGUUUCAGAUAAAACAAAUUGAAUUAUUAGACAAAGAUAACACAAGUAAACACAAAAUGCAGUUUUUAAAUGAAUGUUUUUAAAAUUAAGGUAAAAAAAUCCAAACCUACAUGGCCCUGUGUUGGGGAAAAAGUGAUAGCACCCCCGGUUAAAACAUAAAUCAACUCUGGUUUAUCACAUCUUUGGAAAGCUGAGUUCAAUUUCUCUAGCCACACCCAGACCUGAUUACUGCCACACCUGUUCUCAGUCAAGAAAUCACUUAAAUAGGACCUGCCUGACAAAGUGAAGUAGACCAAAAGAUCCUCAAAAGCUAGACAUCAUGCUGUGAUCCAAAUAAAUUCAGGAACAAAUGUGAAAUAGAGUAAUUGACAUUUAUCAGUCUGGAAAAGGUUAUAAAUCAAUUUCUAAAGCUUUGGGACUCCAGCGAUCAACAGUGAAAGCCAUUAUCCACAAAUGGCAAAAACAUGGAACAGUGGUGAACCUUCUCAAGAGUGGCCGGCCGACCAAAAUUACCCCAAGAGCGCAGCAAUGACUCAUCUAAGAGAUCACAAAAAAACCCACAACAUCCAAAGAACUGCAGGCUUCACUUCAGUUAAGGUCAGUGUUUAACUCCACCAUAAGAAAGAGACUGGGCAAAAAUGGCCUACAUGGUAGAGUUCCAGGUUGAAAACCACUGCUGAGCAAAAAGAACAAAGGCUUGUUUCAGUUUUGCCACAAAACAUGUUGAUGAUCCCCAAGACUUUUAGGAAAAUACUCUGGACUGACGAGACACAAGUUGAACUCUUUGGAAGGUGUGUGUCCCAAUACAUCUGGUGUAAAAGUAACAGCAUUUCAGAAAAGGAACAUCAUACCAACAUUAAAAUAUAGUGGUGGUGGUAGUGUGAUGGUCUGGGUCUGUUUUUGCUGCUUCAGGACCUGGAAGACUUGCUGUGGUAAAUGGAACCAUGAAUUCUGCUGUCUACCAAAAAAUCAUGGAGAAUGUCCAGCCAUCUGUUCGUGACCUCAAGCUGAAGCGCACUUGGGUUCUGCAGCAGGACAAUGAUCUAAAACACACCAGCAAGUCCACCUCUGAAUGGCUUAAGAAAAACCAAAUGAAGACUUUGGAGUGGCUUAGUCAAAGUCCUGACCUGAAUCCCACGGAGAUGUUGUGGCGUGACCUUAAAAAAGCGGUUAAGGCUCAAACCCUCCAAUGUGGAUGAAUUACAACAGUUCUGCAAGUUGAGUGGGCCAAAAUUCCUCCACAGCGCUGUAAAACACUCAUUGCCUGUUAUCGCAAAAAGCUUGAUUGCUGUUGUUGCUGCUAAGGGUGGCUCAACCAUUAGGUUUAGGGGGCAUUCACUUUUUCCACAAAGGGCCAUGUAGGUUUGGAUUUUCUCCCCCCCCCCCCCCCCCCCCUUAAAAAUAAAAACCUUAAUUUGAAAACUGCAUUUUGUUUACUUGUUAUCGUUGUCUAAUAUUUCAAUUUGUUCUGAAACAUUUCAGUGUAACAAACAGGCAAAAACUAAAUCAGGAAGGGGGGCAACACUUUCACACCACUGUACAGUGUUUUGAUAUCUUGUCUGGGGAACCAAUGUGCAGCACAUAUUGGCCAGCCCUAGUGGUACCGGUCUACCAGACAAAUCAAAUGCAUUACAACACUUUGCUAACCCUUUUGUAAGAAUUUAAACUCAGGUCUGGUGAGAUGGAUAAUGGUUUCAUAACCAUUCCUCGCGACAAAGUAUUUCAUCCAAAAUUGUCCUGUGAUUUUAAUAGUGCCGCUGUUACUAACUACAAUCUGCUAUAUCAGUUGACAGGUAGGGUUUCUUUUUAAAUCUCUGUACCCAUUUGCUGCUUCAAUAGUUCUCUUGCUUGCUAUUCAAUUAACAGUCCAAAUGUCUUAUUUCAAUAUUAAGUUAUCGUUGCUAGAAGUUAUAUAUUCUUUCUACUGGUUGGACAGAGGAUAUAUGAACAUGUGAAAGAUCAGUAUGACAUGUUUGCCAUCUUUACAUGAUGUACACUCAGUUUCCACUUUAUUAGGUACACUGAACUAAAGUUACACCAGUUUAGUAUGAGCACCAUGCAGUACAGGCUGCAUAAAGGUUAUGUUUGUUGAAUCUGCCUUUAAAGAAACGUUUUCAAUAUUAUGGUCACUUUAAACGGUGUAGUUUGUAGUACUGUCGAGUUGUAUUGAAUUCUAAAGAGAAGUGUUUCUAAUAUUGUCCAUGUUUAUCAAUGAACGUAGGCUAAAUAUUUAAAACACAAAUACAAUUCUACAGCCUCCAAACUGACCAUAAAGUUGAAUCAACGCCUCUCUAACACAGUCUUGACAAACACUGACCAUCAUAACCUUCAUGAAAGUAGAAUUGACUGUAGAGCUGUUGUAUGAGACAGCGUUCUUUUUAGCCAGGUGUGCCAAAUGAACGGGCAUCUAACAAUUGAGUGUAUGUGGGCUUGCAAAAUUAGGCUCAGUGAUUUGGAAGAUUUUUCUGGCCAGUAUUACAAUUGGCCUGUUUAUUUUUGGGGUUUUUUUGUGCCCCAACUAAUAUUGAUUGACAACAUUAAUUUAAACUAUUGAUCAACAGCAAAAAAUCAAUAAUUUGAUGUUCCAAGCAUACAGUAAAUGUCCUCUUGACACAAGGCAUUUGGACUGUUGAAUGAAGCCCAAGCAUUGGUGUGGUUUUUUUUUUUAAAUGUUCAUCUGGAGCUCUGUUAUCACCCCCCACCCCCCUUCUGCAGCUCACAAUGUUGUGCUCUUUGGUCUUACAUAUUGUCCACUCCUGCAGAUCGCACGACCCACAACAAGACAUAAGCGGUCUUCAAAAUUUCAGUGCCAUGCCGGUCGGCAUAUUUAUAAUUCUUGUUGAAAGGAUGGAUGGGGGAAAGCAUUUCAACUGUAUUCCAGUCUCAUCUCUUUAUCUGUCAAGUCCAAAACAACAACAAAAAACUCAAAAUAAACAAUGUUGGAUAGA